AUGGCUGGCCAGGCGGCUCCGAUGGAGGAGAUCAUCUGGAGGUCUCCCCAGCACGUGCAGAUGAUGGGGGGUUACCUACACUCCAACAACAUCCUCUUUUACUUUGCCGAGUCUACCUUCUUCGACCCCCAAUCCAACAAUGGUAUCCUUGCGACUCAAGCUACCUACAACGAGUCCCUCCGGCACGUCGUUGAAACGCGUGCGACAUUUGAGGGCAAACUGAAGCAGAUGCAAGGCCUGGAAUUCAUUGUUUCGUUUGACCCUCUCGAGGCUGCGGCGCAGUCUAAUCCGAAUCGCUUCGACUUUGAGCCGAAUAAUAUAUGGGUGAUUCGCAAGCAGGAACGGCGGAAGCGGAGUGGAAUGGAGGAUGAGGUGACGGUGAUUGCGACUUAUUUCGUGGUCGGCGACACUAUCUACAUGGCACCGUCUGUUGCCAGUGUGGUCGGCAACCGAAUUCUCACUGCCGUCACUUCUCUUUCGCGACUCUUAAAAACAGCCUCGACCCUCCCCACAUUCACACCAUCCACAGGGCACACAUAUCUACCACCCACAGCCCGCACCACGGAACCCGGUCAACAGGCCUCUCAGCAGAGCAAGGAAAAUACACCAAUGCCCGAUGCCACUCAGUCCUCCGCUGGCGAAACACAAUCCACAGGCAAGGCCGGUCUCGGUGUCACGACGACCAGCUCCACCUUCAAAGACACCCGAAACUUGGCCGAAGCAUUCCACCUUUUCACCAAAUACGGGGAUGAGUUCAUGGACGAGCAACCCUUAACUGGAGAGCCCGGCUCUUUUAUCUUGUCACGGGUCGGCGAGAGUGAUCGUGCAGCUGGUGCCGCAGAGAAACCCGCUUCCAAGGCCACCCUAGGCACGGGUAUGAACACACCCUCCGGGCUACGAGGACGAUCGACUACCCCGCAGGUUCGAAUCGAUACACCAGGGAAGGCGUCGGAGAAGAGCAGCGCCCCACCGACUCCGGGCGAUAGUAAGGGGAAGAAAAAGAAGAAUCGGAUUGCGAGCUGA